AUGUCAGUCCUCGUUUUUCGAAGCGCAUCUAGCGCACGUUGCACACCAAUUGCAUGGAGAAUUGCGGGCACUCGAUUCAAUGCCACUGUGGCACAGGGACCAGACAUCCGAAAACAGAUCAUGGAUGAAAUUAAGGUGGCAAUGAAGAGUAAAGACACCGUGAAGUCCACAACCCUACGCUCGGUUCUUUCAGAGGUCUACAACGCCGACAAAGCAUCAAAAGAUGAAAAGGUUGAUUCCUCGACAAUAGUCGGAAUCUUACGCAAAGCCGUUGAACGUCGCACCGAAGCAGCUGACAAGUUCAGGGCUGCUUCUCGCGACGACCUUGCCGAAAAAGAGUUGCAGCAGGUUGACAUCAUCUCGAAAUUCCUACCUCCCACUUUGCCGGAAAGCGAAGUAGAUUCGAUCUUGUCGUCUAUCCUUGAGCAACUACCACCAGCGAAUGGCCCUCCUCAAAAGGCUCUCGGCAUGGUCUUUAAACAGUUCUACACUCAAGUGGACAAAUCUGUAGUUGAUGCUGAACUGGUUAAGCGGAGAGCCCAAGCACUGUUGGCAGCCAAAUCGUAA